AUGGCUGCCGCCUCCUGCACCCUCGCUAAGGCUGCUGCUUUUUCCAGCGGCCUGUUUUCGCAGACAGCCGCGAAGCUCGACUCUCUCGCCGUGUCUGGCGGUUUGAGACCAGCGUCGUGCCCUGGCAAUGCCUUCGACUCGUUGCGGAGAUCCUUCGGCUCCAGCCGCGUCACAGCCAUGGCCGGGACCGGCAAGUUCUUCGUGGGUGGCAACUGGAAAUGCAACGGCACCACAGAGUCCAUCGCCAAGCUGGUCAGCGACCUCAACGCCGAGUCGCUUGAAGACAACGUCGAUGUGAUCGUGUCACCUCCCUUCGUCUACCUUCCUCAAGUCAUCGGCGCCGCCAGCAAGAGGAUCGAGGUGGCUGGCCAGAACUGCUGGGUCGGCAAGGGCGGUGCCUUUACCGGCGAGAUUAGUGCCGAGAUGCUGGUGGAUCUGGGCGCAAAGUGGGUCAUUCUCGGCCACUCCGAGCGUCGCCACAUUCUCAAGGAGUCCAACGAGUUCAUCGGGCAGAAGCAGGAGUACGCGCUGUCCAAGGGCCUCAAGGUGAUCGCGUGCGUGGGCGAGCUGUUGGAGGAGAGGGAGUCGGGACACACCUUCGACGUUGUCUUCGAGCAGCUCAAGGCCACCGCAGACCACGUGUCCGCGUGGGACGACGUGGUGAUUGCGUACGAGCCGGUGUGGGCCAUCGGCACGGGCAAGGUGGCGUCGCCGCAGCAGGCGCAGGAGGUGCACGCGGCCAUCCGCACGUGGCUGCAGACCAACGUGUCUUCCGACGUCGCCUCCAAGACGCGCAUCAUCUAUGGAGGAUCCGUGACUGCUGCCAACAGUGCUGAGCUUGCUAAGGAGGAAGAUAUCGAUGGUUUCCUUGUUGGCGGUGCCUCACUAAAGGGACCUGAUUUCGCUGCCAUCUGCAACUCUGUGACCUCCAAGGCGGCAGCUGUCAAGUCUGCUUGA